CAAUUGGCCGAUUUUCUCCCUCUCUCGGUCUCUGGUUUCUAUUCAUCUGACAAUUAGGGUUUUGAUCAUUCUCCUCUGUCGAUUUAUCUGGAACCAUACGCAUUUCGCUGUUCUAUAGCCGGUGGUUAUGGCUAAUCGAACAGACCCAGCUGCGAAGAGCAUAAGGGGAACGAACCCGCAGAAUCUGGUGGAGAAGAUUCUUCGCUCGAAGAUCUACCAGAACACUUACUGGAAGGAGCAAUGUUUUGGUUUGACUGCGGAGACAUUAGUGGACAAGGCCAUGGAGCUCGACCACCUCGGCGGUACAUUUGGUGGCAACCGCAAGCCCACGCCUUUCAUGUGUCUCGUCAUGAAGAUGCUUCAGAUUCAGCCGGAGAAGGAAAUCGUUAUCGAGUUCAUCAAGAACGAGGAUUACAAAUAUGUUCGGGUUCUUGGUGCCUUUUACUUGCGUCUCACUGGGACUGAUGUUGAUGUGUAUCGUUACCUGGAGCCUUUGUACAAUGACUAUCGGAAAUUGAGGAGAAAAUUAGCCGAUGGAUGUUUUUCUUUAACACAUGUGGAUGAAGUCAUUGAUGAACUUCUUACUAAAGAUUAUUCAUGCGACAUUGCUAUGCCACGUGUCAAAAAGAGAUGGACCCUUGAAUCUACUGGUUUACUGCCUGCAAGGAAAAGUGCUCUAGAAGAUGACUUUGAGGAGGAGGAAGAGAAAGAGGAUGCUGAGGCACUUAACGACUUAGAAGAUGAGAUUCACGAGAAGAAUCAUUACCGAGGGAGAAGUCCUGGGCGGGAGAGAGAUAGAGAUAGAAGGCGUGAUAGUCACAGACACAGGGACCGAGAUUAUGAUAGAGACCGAGAUUAUGACAGAGACUAUGAUAGAGAUCGUGGACGUGGACGUGAAAGAGAUAGAGAUCGAGAAAGGGAUAGGGAUAGGGAUAGGGAGAGGGAUAGAGAUCGAGAUAGGGAUAGGGAUAGAGAUAGAGACCGGGACCGGGAUAGAGAGAGAGAUAGGGAUAGGGAUAGGGAUCGCUAUCGCCUAAGGGAUGAGAAGGAAUAUGGUAGAGAUCGAGAGAGGGAAAGGGAAGGCAGGGAGCGGGAUAGGAGAGACAGAGAUCGAGAUCGUGGUAGGAGGAGGAGCCAUUCAAGGAGCCGAAGUAGGAGUAAGGAUCGGGAGGAUGGGGAGCACCGCAAGAGACAUGCCCGCAGUAGUGCUAGUCCUAGAAGAAGGGAUGGAGCGGAGGAUAUAGACGAGCCGAAGAGGAAGAAAGAAAAGAAGGAGAAGGAGAAGGAGAAGAAAGAAAAUGGGGCAGGUGUGGCGGAGGAUCCAGAGAUUGCAGAAUGGAACAGGAUUCGGGCUUCUCUUGGAAUGGCACCUCUGAAGUAAGAUGACUAGUUUUCCAUUCUUCAGUUGCUUCAUGAUGUAUCUGUGAGUAAAUUCUGUUGCACGAGUAAAAGAGCUUAUGCUGAUUUCUGUAUUAUAUUUGGUGCAAUUACAAUCUUUGUUGGGAUAACACUGGAAAUGUUGCACUACAGCUGAUCUCAGCCCUCUUCUUCUAUGCCUAACUAUACUUCAAUUACAACUUUAGUUCAUGUAA